GCUGAAGAUGGUACUUAUAGUUAUCGAACACCCAUAUACAUCUCAAUCGCAUCAUAAGAUUACAGGCAGUGGUUGAGAUUAUAAACAAUGAGACAACUGAAACACAAACCCCCAAAAAUACCUUUAACCCCUUAAGGACCAAACUUCUGGAAUAAAAGGGAAUCAUGACAUGUCACACAUGUCAUAGGUCCUUAAGGGGUUAAGGGGUUAUACACACAAAAUCCCACAAAUUUAAAUCCCCUGAUCAACAUAUCCAAAAAUCACAAAGAUCUGUUCAGGGGUUCAGGAAUUUACUGGAAGUCCUAAUUUGACCAACCGCCCAAAGCAUUUCCAUAGAAUCAGUGCUUGCGGUCGGUCUAGUUCGGUAGUUUAAAAACGGAACAAACUACCAAACCUAGUCAAUGUUCUUACACUGGAGCUUGUUCACCUUGUUCAUGGGAGCGUUUCCACCGAACAGUGCCCUUCUAAGUGGUGUAGAACCGAACGCAGGCGAUCCUGGAAGUCCAACCAUGUUCAGAGUUUCAGUGGUCGUUCAUGUGAACAGUGGCCACCCAAACAGACAAUUAGAACACUGCGGUUAGAUUCGUUCCAAGGUGUUAAUAGGGCUUAACAAGCUCCCGGGUAGUCUCUGGUUCGUGCGGCUGUUCGGCUCCCGAACCAAAUCUAAAAUCCCACAAACCAAGUUUGUUCCUUUAGUUUUUAAAGGGACCAUAGUCUUUUGGCAGGAGGCUGGCAAGCAGACCCCUCCAAGAACACGUGGCAGAGGCAUUUCUGCCACACCGAGAGAGUCCCGUUAAUGAGUUCUCCUCCCAUUGUGGACGAUAUCUGUGUUGAAGCACCUUCUGGGCUCCUGGCCCAGAAUGUGGGGAGUAGGACAAGGAGCCCUCUGGAACUGCAUGUGAGGGAAGGAAACUGCUUGGAGUGCCCAUGUGUGGACAUAGCGCCAAAACUGUGCACAGAUAUCAGAAAAAGCUGCAAGAAAGGCCUCUCUCCAGCACUGCAGUCUGUCCUCCUCUGAGGUCUGGGGCAAUGCGUGGUCCGACGCCAUCUUGAGACCUGGUAACCCGUCCUGUGCCGCCGCUGAAGGACAUUGGGUAAGUCACUGAAGGGGUUAUAACCCCUUCAAUACUGCGGGAGGAGGGGGGGCACCUUAGAAGCCCAUAGUGCCAGGAAAACGGCUUUGGUUUCCUGACACUAUAGAAUCCCUUUAACACUAUAGGGUCAGGAAUGCAUGUUUGUGUUCCUGACCCUAUAGUGUUCAUUUAAAGUAGUGUUUUCCUGCAUGUAUUAACUACUAGAGCUUGCCCGAUCCAGUAAGAAAAAUGGCUAUCCGCGCUCUCUGACGUCAUCACGUUUGCCACGAGCCAGCGUUAAUCCAUAUAGGGGGAGGAGCAUCGUUCGUUGGGAGGGGUGGGCACAUAUAAAAGACAGUGCGCAGGCGCCGUGGCUUCCUUUUAGCUGCUGGUGAGGUGAGUGCUCGGUGUGUCUCUGCGUUCUCUCUCGGCUGCUCCGGCCCGCCAUCCGCCAUCUUACCGCCCGCUAACCGCCAUCUUCUCUCAUUCCAGGUCUCUGCGUCGCCAUGGGCCGCCGACCCGCCCGCUGGUGAGUUCGCGAAACGCGCCUCGUGCUCCGGGGCCUUUCCUGCCUGCGAUGGUCUCACCCCGAGCCUCUCACAUGGGCCUCCCUUAGCUGGGCCUACCGGGGGGUCUCUCCUAGCUGGGCCUACCGGGGUGGUGGGGGGGUCUCUCCUAGCUGGGACUACCGGGGGUCCCUAGCUGGGCCACCGGGGGUCUCUCCUUGCUGGUCCCGCCGGGGUGGUGGGGGUCUCUCCUAGCUGGUCCCGCCGGGGUGGGGGUCUCUCCUGCUGGGUUGGGGGUCUCUCUCCUUGCUGGUCUGCCCCUCUCCUUGCUGGUCUCGGUGGGGGGGGGGGUCUCUCCUAUUAAAAUGAAGUGGCUUUCGUGACCCUUUACGGUGUUGGCAGUGUUGUAUGCAUCUGGGGGUUCUGUAGAAGUGCCUGAACUGCAUGUACAACUUAUAACUGAGCCAGUUGACUGUUGUCCAAAGCUAAACAAACCCAAAUGUCUAUUUGGCAGGCUUUCAUAAGUUCUCAAACUAUAAUAUAUUUUUUGAUCUUGGUUAGAAUACUUCCUGUAUUUUCAUUUAAGGAUGGUAUACUUGAUAUUCUUUUCAGCUACAGAUACUGUAAGAACAAGCCAUACCCGAAAUCUCGCUUCUGUAGGGGUGUUCCAGGUAUGUGUUCUCAAUGUUUAACCUUAAAAGCAGUAAUUUGUGUUUUCUGCAGAAAGUGUUGACGUGCUCUUGUACAGUUAGAAGCUGCUUGAUUAAAUCUAUGUAUUGUCAUCUAUAGUAAGCUGCAUGGUAAUAACACUCUAACUUAAGAACAGCAUUACAAUGCAUGCACAAGACCUCAGCCGGAUGUAAAGCUCGGAGUGGCUGAGCUGAAUACAAGGGCUUUUUUGCAAAGAUGCUAGCUUCACUUUGAAAGCUAGAAAAGUUUUAGUACAGUAAUAUUACCAUUUAUAUAGCCCGACAGAUUCCGUAGCUCUUUAUAAUAUAAGAGGGGAUUUGGCUAUAAAUAGGACAAUUGCAAGAAACUUACAGGAACAAUAGGUUGAAGAGAGCCCUGCUCAAACAAGCUUAGCCUAUUGGGGGUGAGGUGUAAAACACAAUGGGACCAGUAAUAGCAAUCAAAAUAGAUGGGAGUGAAGCAGAGCUGGAGGAGAGUAGAGUGCUGCCCUUUAGGAGAGAGCAAGAGACAGGGAUGUGAGGUAGAAGUUACUCUGGGAGGCCAUAACCGUUCCUUAAAAGAUGGGUUUUCAGGUACUUCUUAAAGGAUUGAAGACUAUGGGAGCGUCUGGUGUUAGGCAGGCUAUUCCAUAGGAAUGGAGCUUCCCGUGUGAAGUCCUGCAAGCGUGAGUUGGCUGUACGGGUGCACGCAGCAGACAGGACAAGGUCAUGGGCAGAGCGGAGAGACUGAGAAGGGGCAUACCUAUGGAUCUGUGAAGAGAUGAGGGGCUAGAAUUGGUCAAUGCUUUAUAGGUAUGGGUUGGAAUUUAGAAAUGACUCCUAUAGGAUACAAGAAGCCAAUGUAUUGACUAACAAAGGGGUGAGAGGACCGACUAGAGGAAAAUCAGUCUGGCAGCGGCAUUCAUUACAGACUGUAGCAGGGCAAUACAGUUUUUGGGAAGACAAAUUAGGAUAGGGUUACAAUAAUCAAUGUGGGAAAUUACUAGAGCAUGUACACGCUCUUUGGUACCAUCUUCCGUAAGAAAGUAGGCAGGAGAGCACUUUUUAAAGUGUCUGUGACACCCCACAGUAGACAUGGCAAAUUUGGGGAAUGGUUUGAUUUCUUGCCUGCUGGCUGCCUCUCCCUAUCUCCACUCGGAAUGAGGAAAAGGAGCCUCUUAAGCAUGUGAGCUUCAAUGCUUUCCUAUGGGGCUUUAAUGCUAGAUGUGAAGUUUCCUAACCACCAGUGCCUCUGGUGGCUCUUAGUCCUACUAUAUAAUUAUUGUAGUUUCUCAGACUGCAAUCAUGUACAUUGCCUUACUAAGUGGGACUUGGACACUGCACCCAGACCACUUUAGUGCACUGUCGAUUGGUACAAGUAAAACACGAGUCUCCUACGUCCCAGACAAUACGAAGUUUGAUAAAGGUGAAGAUCCUGUUUUUGUGGGACUUAAAUUUCAGCUGAGUUAAUGUAAAACGAAGAUCAGAUUCAAAGAAGCCACUCUCAUAGAAAGAUCUUGAAUAUGACUUGUUGGAACCCGGUUUUAACAUUUUGUGGUUACAUUUGUAAGUGCUUAAACUAGUGCUAAAUAAUUGAUGUGGCUAGAACACCUAGAAAUGAGACUGUCUUAACAAACUGACAGAAUGUACAUGAAGUGCUAUGAUUCUUAAUUCAUGUGAACUGAAAACUAUGCCAACUAAUCUAGAUGCCAAAAUCAGGAUCUUUGACUUGGGGCGAAAGAAGGCAAAAGUCGAUGAGUUUCCGUUGUGUGGACACAUGGUCUCUGACGAAUAUGAACAGCUGUCAUCAGAAGGUAUGCUAUGCAAUAGAAUACCUGCUAGGCCUAUGUAUUCCUCUGGUAUUACACCAUGCCUCCACUUACAAUUUCUAGACUACACUUCACAACGGAAAAGACAAUUCAGCACACAACAGAAGGUGCUUUAAAGACUCACUCAACCACUUCAUUAAGCUAAAGUUCUGGGACUUUGUGUACCCCUAGCUAUGGCACAAUUAUCUCUUAAAACAGUGAAGUUGGAUCUUUGGGAUGCCACUCUGGUUUUUUGUGUGCUUUCAUUGCUAGUUUAAACUACUUUUUUCCAUGCAGAAUAAAAUGAUUGGCCCUCUUUUGUAUACAUUUUAGAGAAGUAAUCUUAGUGGGCUGUAAGCCACUCUAAAGUGCAACGAGUAUGCUGACUUUAGAGCGGUCAUAGCUCUAAAGGGAUACAAUGCAUUGGAUGGGUAUUGGUUUAAAGUAUGUCUGCCACCCAUCAAAAUCAGUUUUUCAUGCUGUAUAUAAGAUGGUAGAGCUCAUGGUCUGUACGUUCACCUGGUGCAGACCAUAUUAAAGGUACAUUCCACUUGCCAAAGACAAAUCUAAUUUGUCGUAUAUUUUUUUCCAUUUGGGGUGAAUUGAACAGUGGCUUGCAAAGGCUACAAAUCUGUCUGCAGCCUUUGUGGCUGUCCAAGCAGACUUUCCAAUGCAGAUCCUCUUAUUUUAGCUAAACAAAGUAGUAACAGGACUGGUUGUCUGACCUUUAAAUCUCAAUUGAAAUUUGCACUUGUAAAAUGUAAUUUCAUUUUACAAAACACUUCAGCAAUCUAAAGUGCUUCAGGUGUUUGGAGUGUUCUGUUGCUUGAUUCAUAAUGGUCUUUGCACCUACCACACUUGGUGAAAACCAUAUUAAUAUCGCUCUUUCUCCUUUACUAUUUAGAGAUUUAGGCUAUCCACUCCACCACUAGAUCACAAGACACAUUGGGCCCCCCAAAAACACCAGGGAAGAUUGCCCUCUCCUACUUACAUCUUUGCAAUUAGGAGGCUGUUUCAUUGAAAUGCAUUAAAGGACCACUAUAGGCACCCAGACCCCUUUAGCUUAAUGAAGUGGUCUGGGUGCCAGGUCCAGCUAGGAUUAACCCUUCUAUAAACAUAAGUUUCAGAGAAACUGCUAUGUUUAUAAAAAGGUCAAUCCAGCCUCUAGUGGCUCUCAUUGACAGCCGCUAGAGGUGCUUCCGUGCUUCUCACUGAUUUUCAGUAAGAAGACUCCAGCGUCCAUAGGAAAGCAUUGAGAAUGCUUUCCUAUGGACUGGCUGAAUGCAUGGCUCAUGCCACGCAUGCGCGUUCAGCCGAUGAGGAGCCCGGUGCUGGUAAAUUUAAACCCCGAGCCUGGCGGGAGGGGGAUCUAGAGACCCCAAAGAGCCCUGAAAACAAGUGUUUUCCUGGCACUAUAGUGGUCCUUUAAAGGAGCAUUAUAGUGCCAGGAAAACAAACUAGUUUUACUGGUAGUAUAGGAUCAUUGUCCCCUCUCCUGCUGGGCUGAAGGAUUUAAGACCCCUUCAGCCACUUACCUUUCACCAGCGCCAGGCUCCCUCUGUGGAACUCUAAACACCCUGCGCACAUUAGAUCCGAAUGCGCAUGUGCAGCAAUAGCCGCGCGCAUUCAAACAGCCUAUAUGAAAGCAUUACUCAAAGCUUUCCUAUGUACGUCCAUCGUCUUCUCGCUGUAAUUUCUGUGAGAAUCGCGGAAGCACCUCUAGCGGCUCAGUGAGAGCCAGACUGGAUUAACCCUCAGUGAAACAUGCUAUGUUUUCAGCUGCAGGGUUAAAACUAGAUGGACCUGGCACCCAGACCACCUCAUUGAGCUGAAGUUGUCUGGGUGCUUAUAGUGGUCCUUUAAUAAUAUAGGAAGACUCGGAGCACAUCACACAUCCUGCCCUCUGCUUUUGUUUAAUUCCAGUGUUGCUACUUUGAGGUAAAUUUGUUUCAAGUUGCAAUUUGGGCACAUGUGCUCAGAAAGGUUCGUGAUCACAAGUAGAUAACAAGUUGCACUUAUUAGUGUCUGGUACUGGCAAGCCUGCCUGUUUUUACAGUAUUUGUUCUCUUGCCACUGACUUACCACCUGCAUUGGUAAUAUCUUAAGAUUAACAUAUCUUUCUAGCUCUUGAAGCAGCCCGUAUUUGUGCCAACAAAUACAUGGUGAAGAGUUGUGGUAAAGAUGGCUUCCACAUUAGAGUGCGUCUGCAUCCCUUCCAUGUCAUCCGCAUCAACAAGAUGUUAUCCUGUGCCGGUGCUGAUAGGUAAGCUAAUAAAUACAUGUCUUAAGAACUGUAUGUCAAUUCUUCUCAGUGGAGUCUUCAAUUCAAUCUUUCUGCUACGCUUAAGAAUCAAAACAUUUGCAGUCAAUUAAGCCGACCAUCAUUUGCUGCAAUCAGUUGCUGGUGUGCAAUGGCUGCAUACAUAAAGUUCCUUGGCUGUGUAUGUGCUUUGUUUACCAUACAGGGUACUCUAAGGGGCCUUGGAAACAUCCAUUCUUUUAACUGAUCUUUGUAGCACCAUCUUUUGGCAAUCUCUAAACUUGUCUAUUAUCAGACUUCAGACCGGGAUGCGUGGUGCCUUUGGAAAGCCCCAGGGCACAGUGGCACGAGUGAACAUUGGACAGGUGAUCAUGUCUAUUCGCACCAAAACACAGAAUAAAGAACAUGUUGUUGAAGCUCUGCGAAGGGCAAAGUUCAAAUUCCCUGGGAGGCAGAAGGUAAGACUGCAUCACUUGAUAAAUUAAAGUUUCCUUAGCUUGUAAUUGAGAUUGUUUUGGGGUUUCAACUUGAUUUACCAAAACUGUUUGACAUUAACUUGCUUUGCUAAAUUUUAGUCUAAGUCUUGCCUUUAUAAUCCAGGAAUGAUUAGCCGCUUCUAGAGGAAUACAUUUUUCUGCCAGAGCCAAUUUCACAAAAUAAAUGUCACGGAAUGACUCCCCCCAAACAGUAAUAGAACUAAAAGGUCAUACUUUUGUCUACAGUCAAGGAGGGGGAGAAGUGAAUUGAUUUAGUUCUCUCCUUAAUUAAGGAAUGUCAGACUGUUAAAGGUUUUUAAAUAUCCAUUUUACAAUUAUUUGUGCUUGUUGUAUUUGGACAUUGUGCUCAAAUGCAAACUGCUUUAAAUUUUGUAGCAAUGUUUCAGUAAGCAGUGCUGCUUUUGCCAUCGGGGAUCUUGCACAUCCUUACAGGCAGGGUAUUACCGCUACAUUUGAAAACAGAGUGCGCAUCAAAGUAAAUGUCCAUUAAUAAAGGAAUAAGCAAUAAGUCCUUUCUGUCUGUGAUAAUUGCAGGUUUGUCCUGUAGUUGGUUAGUCCAUUCCAAUUGGCAAGUGAAAAAUUCCCCUGUACAUGUCUGGGACCCACCAGGCUUGCAGUAACUUUGACACCUCUUUAGUUGUGGAACACUUGAAAUAUUAAAGGGACACUAGUCACUAUAACCACUUUGUCUCUUUGAAUUGGAUAUAGUGCCUGGAGUGGCCUGGCACUGUCCCUCCAUUCAGUGUUGCACUAUGUUUGUGCAGUAUGCCACAAAAUAAGAGUCCCUGGCCACCCUCAGUCCGGCCACUUCUGUAUGUGUAGCUAAAGCAGAGAUUACACACUUCCUUGUUGUCAUACCCAUUCAUACCGUCAGUUGGAGCUCUGACAGGUUAAAAGCAGUCAGCUAACACUCUCAGCCAAUCACAGCUGCCCAUUGCCUCUCAGGGUAAUACUUCCUUAUUAGCCAAAGCAGCACAGAGGCGAUAGACUGCCGUGGACUCUUGUUUAGCAUUAAAAACUGUUUAAUGUUGAAAGAAAUGAUGGUACCAGGGGACUCCAGACACUAUAACCAGUUUAAUGAGAUGAAGCAGAUACAGUGCCUAGAGCAGGGGUAGGCAACCUUUUAGCAGCACUGUGCCGAUAUAGGAUUGUGAUGUCCUGUAGCGUGCCGGUCCUAUUUUUGUAAACUGAGGUGUGUAUGCUGCCGUAUUCUGCUUGUGUUAUUUUUACUGUAAUUGCUUUGUAUCGUUGUAUUUGUGUAUAUGAGCUAUUAUAUUGUAUAUGUUCAUCAGUGGUUUAUGGUAUUGUGUAUAUGUAUGAAUGUGGGCUGUGUAUGAGGGCUACUUGUGGAAUUGUGUGGAUGGAUAUGUCACAUUGUGUUUGGUAGUGUGUGGGUCUGUUUGGGGUAUUGCUUGUGAUAGGCUGCAUGUUGGAUUGUGUGCAUGUAUGUGGAUUGUUAGUGGUGUUGCGUUUGUGGGGAUUGUGUGUAUGUUUGUGUGUUGGCUGUUCGUGUUAUUUGUAUGAGGGGAGGCUUAUUGUGCAUUUCUGUGCAUAUCAGUGUGAGUGGCUUCUCUGGGUUCCAGUGGGGACCAGGCUGGCCAGAUACAGAUCAAGGACAGGAGCUGUAACAGCAGCUGUGGGCUGCUCUACUACAGUGUGGAUUCCCAUUCACAAGUGCUGGGAGGAAUUGAUCUGAGAUCACUUCCUCUACGCUCUGCAAUGCAUAAAUUGAGGAUUGUCCUUCACCAUUUUUUCGUAUUAGCAGAUAUCUGAAGUUUUACUGAGACUCCUGAUAGGCCAGAGCCUGUUUGGCUCUAGCAGUCUCGAGUGCCGUGGAAAGACACCUCGAGUGCCGUGCAUGGCACUAGUGCCAUAGGUUGCCUACCCCUGGCCUAGUGUCCCUUUAAGCCCUGUGGUAAUCCAUGCAUUGGAUGUGCAAUUUUCUUGCUAUCAAAUCCUUAGACAUUCUUUAUAUAAUCCUGUAUUCAAUAAAUGAGUCUCAGUUAAAGCUAUAAAUCAGAUGGGUUUUUGAUGUUAUGGCCUUGGAAUUGCUGAUGGCUUUCAGUAGCUUUUCUGAGCUUGCUUAGCUGGCAUUAAGGGUUUGCGGUUUUGGCAUUCUGAAAAUCCAUUGAGAACUUAAUGGCCCUUGCCCAGCAUUCGAUGAGGACGAUCCCUCGUGUUUUCAAAUGUAAAGUUUGUUUUGGAAUUGUUAUUUAAUAAAUGUAGUGCCUUUAUUGUAUUGUGUUAAGAGAAGUGUUUACUAAAGUGUUACCUUGUAUCGAAGAUCUUUUCUGAAUCACUUAUAUAUUUUUUUUUUAUCCCACAGAUCCAUAUCUCUAAGAAAUGGGGAUUUACAAAGUUCAACGCUGACGACUUUGAGGCCAUGGUAGCAGAAAAGCGUCUCGUUCCAGAUGGUUGUGGAGUUAAAUAUAUGCCAAACAGCGGUCCUCUGGAUAAAUGGCGGGCAUUGCAUGCUGCAUGAAGCGGCUUUAAACCAUGGAAUAAAUACUUAAAUGAUAUUGAGAUCUUUUACCAAUAAAUAUCUCUAUCUACAAGCUUUGUG